UAGCCGUUACGUUGGGCGCGAGCGGCGUAUCGACCGGCGAGGGGGCGGGAUGGAGGGCGCAGGCGCGAACGGCUCGCCGCAGGCGACGGGUCCAAAGCUGCGCGGCAUCGCCCGCUUCUGUAUCAACACGUUCAGAGUGUUCUACGCGAGGGCCGCGUUCGCCAGGCCCGCGCCCGUUCCUCUACCCGCCGCUUCCACCAGCCCGACCACCGCCGCCGCCGCCUUCUCCCGUCGUCAUCGAGGAGGUCUGCUCGAGGAGGAAUCGUUCGAGGCGAUGGGCAACUUGCAGAGCGACGCGAGGAGGAAAGGGAGGAAGGGGAAAGGGGCGAGCGCACCUGGGUCCGUGGAGGAUGGCCUGGAGGAUGGCGUGGAGGCCGAGGAUGGAGGAGGAGAGGCGGAGGAGACGGUUGGAAGGAAGGCGGAACAGGCGGGGAUCGGGACUCUGGAGAAACGACAGACCCACAAGAGGCAAGCACCGAAACCGCCUGCCGAGAAGAAGGUCAGCCCGGAUAUCAGACAAGACUCGGAAAAGAGAGAUUGCACGCGAGAGGAGAGAUUGAUCGGGAUCGAGAAGGUUGAAAGGGACGAGGACGAAUCUGGAAAAUCGAUAGAUUCGGCGAGGAAGGAUGAGGGAAAAGACGCGUCGCCGUUACCGGGAACGACGACGAUCAAACCCACGGAUCAAACCCAGAAGCAAGAACCCACGCUUCUGGUCACGGAUUCGUGGCGGUUGGCCAACAAGUGCAUGGUCGUUGCCGAGCUGUCGAUGCCGCCGAGUCAAGAAUCGUCGAGCGACAGUGUGUUCACCGAUCCCGAGGAAUUGGCCGCGAACGCCGCGAAAGAGGAAGCCGCCAAGGCGCCAUCUAUCACGGGGAUCCCACCGAAAAAUCAACGGAUCGAACCCUCUUCCAUAUCCCCGCUUUUCGAGCGACGAAUCGUCGGCACGUUGAUCUCGGCCCUCCCGGACCAAUUGAAGUCGAUACUCACGGAGGCCGAAGUCGAGCAAUUUGCAUCCAGAAUAUAUUCCAGUCUCGUCUCGGACGGUAUCAUCGGAUCGAUCACAAUCGAUGGCGUCGCCCGGAACAAGGAUUUCGCGGAAGAUUCGUGCGAGCACAGGGACACGCCAUCCGUAUCCGUCGCUUUAACUUCCGAACGGGUUUCCGGCAACGAGCGACGCGACACCGAGAACGAGUUAUUGAAACAGGAACUCGAACGGCUUCGCGAGUUCGCCAAAAAUGCGGGAAAAAGUACCCAGGGUAAAUCCACUCAAACGUCCCCGACGGCGACACUUCCGCAGCCAACUUCACCAGCCCCCCACGAUGCCAACACUCGCCGAGACCAGCCCGUCGCCCCUUGUUCGAGCGCCGCCUCCAAGGACGCGACCACGACUCCUCGAGGACCACCACUCGGCCGAUUAUCCUUCGCCCUUCCCCACCCGCCCUCCUCACCCGCCCAACUCGCCUCUCCGCCGCCGCCCCCACCUCCACCACCGCCGCCACCUCCCCCGCCCCACCCUCGCCCUUCCUAGACUACCGUUCCCUCAACAAAUCCACCUCCUCCCCGCCGUCCUACCCCAUCCCGCCCCCGCCACCCCUCCCCUCGCAACGAGCCACCUCCCUAUCCU